AUGCAUGCUCCAAAGUACUCACCUGCUGUGGUGCAGGCUAGUGUCGGCCCAUUCGAAAGUGCACUUUCAGCGGGGGCUCCUCGGCCCACUGGGCCUCCUUGGGAAAUUGGGACAACUGGGACGGAUGCGAUAACUAUGCCAGCCAUUGCUGUGGCAGUAAUGAUUACACUGGCCUCAAAUUUUGUGCCGGGCGCACUCCAUGAGUGCGUUUGGUACGGUUUAGAUGGGGCAGACGAACUCACUAACCAUACACAUUGCUCGCAUGACUUUGCCACCAACCAGAAUAUACUAGUAGCCAGUCAUAAUGCACCCAUCACUGCACGUAUUUCUGAUAUUAUCCAGCAGAUCCCAGAGUACGCAGAUCAUGAAAAUGUGUACUUCAAUGCAACGCCGAUGAACCUACACCAGGCUUCACAUUGCCAGUACUGGAUAAAUAGGCACGGGCUUAUUGUGUAUUAUCUCAGUCUCGGGGAACUAACAGCCGCUAUCGCCGCCCAUGACGAUUUCACGACCAUUUGUCAAGGUGGGGAUCCGCAGUCUUGCAAGACGAGCACAAGAGAGAGUGGAAUCCUUGCGCAAAGUUGGACGCCGCGAACCAAACAGUCCAAACCUAGUAUGAGUGCAGUACUGCCGACAAUGCAGGAAACCAUGGAGUUUGUGCACCUACUCUUCACUGAGGAAUAUUCGGAAGGUCCAGAGAGGGAGGAAAAUAAGAUAGUCGUUGGCUGA